UUCUAAUUAUCAAUCAAGAUGGAUAUCCGAGGUGCUGUAGAUGCUGCUGUCCCAACAAACAUCAUUGCUGCCAAAGCUGCUGAAGUUCGGGCAAACAAAGUAAACUGGCAGUCGUAUCUCCAAGGGCAGAUGAUUUCAGGUGAAGACUGUGAAUUUAUUCAAAGAUUUGAACAGAAAAGGAAUCCAGAAGAAAAACAGGAGUUGUUGCAAACAGAAGGCAAUCAAUGUGCUAAAACAUUUAUAAACUUGAUGACUCAUAUCUCCAAGGAACAGACGGUUCAGUACAUUCUGACAAUGGUUGAUGAUAUGCUACAAGAAAAUCAUCAGCGUGUUUGUAUCUUCUUUGAUUAUGCAAAACGUGGUAAAAACACUGCAUGGUCCUAUUUUCUGCCAAUGUUGAAUCGACAAGAUCUUUUCACUGUGCAUAUGGCAGCAAGAAUUAUUGCCAAACUGGCUGCUUGGGGGAGGGAACUUAUGGAAGGCAGUGACUUGAAUUACUAUUUCAACUGGAUUAAAACUCAGCUCAGUUCACAGAAACUACGUGGUACAGGGGGUUCUGUGGAACCAGGAGCAGUCUCCACAAGUGAUAGUUCCCAGUAUGUACAGUGUGUUGCUGGAUGUCUGCAGCUGAUGCUCAGGGUCAAUGAAUAUCGCUUUGCAUGGGUAGAAGCAGAUGGAGUAAAUUGUAUCAUGGGGGUCUUGAGCAACAAAUGUGGUUUCCAGCUCCAGUAUCAGAUGAUCUUUUGUGUGUGGCUGCUGGCAUUUAGUCCUCAAAUGUGUGAAUAUCUCCGUCGGUAUAAUAUUGUUCCAGUGCUGUCAGAUAUUCUUCAGGAAUCUGUCAAAGAGAAAGUAACUAGAAUCAUCCUUGCAGCAUUUCGGAAUUUGUUAGAGAAAUCUACUGAGAGAGAAACUCGCCAAGAAUAUGCUCUUGCCAUGAUUCAGUGUAAAGUUUUAAAGCAGCUAGAGAAUUUGGAUCAGCAGAAAUAUGAUGAUGAAGACAUAAGUGAAGAUAUCAAAUUUCUACUGGACAAGCUUGGUGAGAGUGUGCAGGACCUUAGCUCCUUCGAUGAGUACAGUUCUGAGCUCAAGUCAGGAAGACUGGAGUGGAGUCCUGUACACAAGUCUGAGAAAUUUUGGCGGGAGAAUGCUGUAAGACUAAAUGAGAAGAAUUAUGAACUACUCAAAAUCCUGACGAAGCUUCUGGAGGUUUCUGAUGACCCACAAGUGCUGGCUGUAGCUGCUCAUGAUGUGGGAGAAUAUGUACGACACUAUCCCCGUGGGAAACGAGUGAUUGAACAACUUGGUGGUAAACAGCUGGUAAUGAACCACAUGCAUCAUGAAGACCAACAAGUUCGUUAUAAUGCACUAUUGGCUGUGCAGAAGCUGAUGGUUCACAACUGGGAAUACCUUGGAAAGCAGUUGCAGUCAGAACAACCUCAAACGGCCACCGCACGGAGCUAAACAUUUCUGUCAGUUUAUGCUUAUAAUUACAGUAUGUUUGUCUUUAAAUUAAUGUCAAGGGAACACUGAAAUCACAUGUUCUUUGCCUGCUACUAGUGCAUAAACUUUCCAGCUUUCUUCCAGUGUUGUUGGCGUAGUAAAAAUUUGUUUGUUCAACUAGUUCUGAUGAUUAUGCCUAUUAGCUUCCUGUUAUAUUCUGAAUGUAUAUGAGGAAAUGUGGCUAAUAUAUUGCAUUUGUUUUAUGUAUUUAUUCUCAUAAUAAAGAAUGUUAUUAAAGGACAUUCAUUCCAUGUUAUAAUUAGCCUAGGAAAAUUGUUAACUUCUUUUAGUGGGUUAUGAGUGUUGUCACUUCCCAAGAAAAGCAAGUAGUCCCUAUAUGUCUCCAGACAAAUUAAUAAAGCUUUGACUUGAUGUUCUGUAGGAAAUGCAAUAGCUUGAGAAAUGUUGAUUAUCAGUACUAAAAUAUAUACCAAGUCUCAAAAUAGUGUUAAAAUUCUAUAUAAAGCAAAUGCAUGGUGGGUUUUUUUUGGGGGGGGGGGAGUACUUCUGUCGUUAGAGACUACACUAAAAAAUCUGGACAUGAGA